AUGCAGGAGAUCAACGAGUGCGAGAGUUCUCCGUGCCAGAACGGCGGGACCUGCAUAGACAAAGUUAACAUGUUUGAAUGCGUGUGUUCCGAUGGAUACUAUAACACGCAGUGUGAAACAAAUAUCUGUCAGCCCAUCAUGACGGACGUGAUAUUCCUCCUUGACUCCUCUGUCAGCCAGUCACCUGACCAGUUUACCAGACAGCUGGAUUUCGUUAUCCAGUUCAUAGAUCACGUGGUAGUGGGAGCGGAGAACUUUCAGUUCGCAGUCGUCACGUUUUCCUUCGAGGCAAAAGUCGAGAUUGAAUUGGCUGAGUUUAAUGACAACAUCAGCUUCAAGGAGGCCGUGAGAAACAUUCCAUUCCGGUACUCCCUGAAACUGCAUAUAUGCGUUUGA